AUGAAUAGAAAAAGUAAAGAAGAUUUUUUUAUGUUAAAUAGAGAGAAUAUAAAUGAAUUUAUACUGAAUUAUCAAGAUACUGCUCUAUUAUUAGAUUUUAUUUUGCAAGAGUAUUUUGAUGAACUGGAAGAAAUGUUAAGUAAACUUAAAUUAUUUUAUAUAAAUAGUAGAAAAAAAUUUAGUGAAAAAAUAGUGAUUAGUAUUGUUCAAAGAGUCUUUGAUCUUAGUAAAAUUAAAUUCACACAUGAAAAUGUAAUUAAAUCACUUAAGUUAAAUAAUAGAGCAUUAAACUUAGCAACUGGGUUAUAUUGUAAACACAUUCAGUGUUAUAAGUUAGUUAAAUUAAUAUUGAAUGAAAUUUACUUAAAUGGAAAUGUUGAUCCUAAUUUGUUAAUAAACACCAUUGAAAUUAUUAAUUUAGAAAUGAUUGAUAAAUAUGAAGUUAAUGUACUAAUAAAUGAUAAAGAGUAUAUGGAUAAAUUAUGUAAAUGUCUGGAUGGGUUGUUGGAAAAUAAUUAUAUUGAUAACUUGCAUGAUUACUAUUUGAUAUUUGGAUUAUUAUUAUUUAAUAGAAAUAUUAGACUAAAAAGUAUAUUUAAUUCUCUUAUAUUUGAUUAUUCAAUAGAGACACUUUAUCUAAGACCGGUGGUUGUUAUUGAGCAAGGAAUAAGUCUUUUUAAUGAUUUUAUGAUUGAACCAACACCAAAUGAUUUAACAAAGUUUCUUUUUAUUGUUGAUAAUUUGUCUGUUUUUAAAAGUAUAAAAGAUUGUGAUAAAAAAAUAUUUUAUGAGAUGAGUGAUUUAAUUGGACAUGAUUUGUUAAUUCAUAAAUUUAUUUCUACAGAAACUAACAAAGAUUAUCUUAAAUUGAUUGAAGGUAAAUAUAAGCCGUAUGCUGAUGAAAGGUACAAUCAAUUAAAUCAAUCACCUAAAUAUUAA